AGGAUGCCUAAUGUACACGCACACUUUGGAUUUUAAGUAGAUUUUAAAGCAAUAAUAUUUUCAGCAAAAUACUGGAGAUGAUUUUUCUCUGAUGACUGUAGAAUCAUCACUGUGCAAAAAUAAAUAUAUUUAAUGAUGAAUGAGCAGCGUUUGAUAUAAUUAUGGAAGAUACUAUAGAGAACGUCAACAAGAUUAUACCUGUAGUCCGUAAUUAUGACUGGGGUGUAAAUGGGAAGCUUUCAUUGGUUCGAAAGUUAUAUAUACACGGAUGUGCAUCUACUGUAAAUUCUACUGACAAUGAACUUGAAAACUUGCCAUAUGCUGAAUUGUGGAUUGGAGAUCAUGAUUCUGCACCUUGUAGAGUCAUUUCCGGGGUGAUAAACAAGGACGAUCAUGGAAACUAUGGAAUUUCCUUCGAGGAAGCCCUGUCUGACACGAAGAGUCCAGGCGAUAAUGUCGAAGGCGAUAUCAGGCUAUCUAUGUUAUAUAGAAAAUUGGCAACUGGUACUUCGUCUAAGGGACUUGAAGGAUGUAAAAUCCUAAUGAAGGUGCUGUCAAUUGCCAAACCACUUAGCCUACAACUACAUCCAGACCCUGAAAGUGCUUUGCAACUGUAUAUGAAAAAUCAUCCUGGCAUUAGCGAUAACCAAGCUAAACCAGAAAUGAGUGUUGCUCUUUGUAGGUUUAGGGCUUUGUGCGGUUUAAGACCCCUGGAACAAAUCAAAACAUAUGCGCAACGUUAUCCGCCUUUUGCCAAAAUGUUAGGCAACGAUAUAUUAUCCAGUAUCUCAGUUGAAACGAACGAGAAUGUUGGUGAGUUAUAUAUGCAAAUUUGCAAAAGAAUCCUGCUGGACACCAGUGUUAUACAGGAAAUACCCUUACUUGUCGAAGCCGUUAAGGCAUCACCCAAUAAAUGUGAUCUUUCUGAGGAAAUAUUCCUGAUUCUUAACAGCAACUAUGGAGUUGAUGUUUCCAUAUCGUUCGCGUUUUUGCUAAAUUGUCUCGAAAUAGAAUCAGGAGAAGCGUUUUUCAUACCGCCCAAUACUUUACAUAGUUAUAUUUCCGGCAAUUGUGUUGAAUUAAUGAAUAAUAGUGAUAACGUCAUCCGAUGUGGUCUGACUUCCAAAAAGACUGACAUAGAUACGUUCCUUGAUUUAAUAAACGUAGAAGUUUCCAAAGGGGGUCAAUUCCCACAAGCAGUUGCCCAUGUAAAUCCCAUAUGUAUUUCACCCAGUGUUGUACGAUAUAGUCCAGAACACCCUACAUGUAGUUUCGAAGUGUGGAAAUUCGUAGUUAAAGCCAACAGCCAAGUGACUCAUCUUUUCGACAAUGGCCACCAACCUUUCUUGUGCGUAGUUAUGGAAACAAACUCACACGUAGAAAUUUAUGGACGAUCUGUACUCGAUUCAAAUAAAGGGUCAACCUAUGUUCGCUUGCCAUUUAUUUUAGGUGACUGUUUCUUCAUUUCCUCAGGGUUCACUUUGGAUGUGAUUAACAAAGGCACCACAGACUUUGUUCUCUACCUUGGUACGGAGAAGUGGAUUCAUCGAUGUUAAAACAACUGCGGAACCCUAUAUUAGUGUACAAUAUGUAUAUCUUUAUCCAAUAUAUAAGACAUAGACACAUUGCACCGUAUACUUGCCUGGACUGACUAGUGUUUGAUUGGGAGUGAGACAGCCAAUCUAUCGCUUACUAGUGGCGAAU